AUGGUUAACGUUGUUUUAGGUUCCCAAUGGGGUGACGAAGGUAAAGGUAAGUUAGUUGAUCUUUUAGUCGGUAAAUACGAUAUUGUAGCUCGUUGUGCCGGUGGUAAUAAUGCGGGUCAUACUAUUGUGGUUGGCGGAGUUAAAUAUGAUUUCCAUAUGCUACCUUCAGGUUUAGUUAACCCAAAUUGUCAAAAUUUAUUAGGUAAUGGUGUUGUUAUUCAUUUACCAUCAUUUUUUAAAGAAUUAGAAACUUUGGAAGCUAAAGGUUUACAAAACUGUCGUGAAAGAUUAUUUGUAUCUUCAAGAGCUCAUUUAGUUUUCGAUUUUCAUCAAAUUACUGAUAAAUUAAGAGAACAUGAAUUAGCUGGUAGAUCAAAGGAUGGUAAGAAUAUUGGUACUACAGGUAAAGGUAUUGGUCCAACUUAUGCCACUAAAGCUUCUAGAUCAGGUUUAAGAGUUCACCAUUUAGUUAAUGAUUUACCAGGUGCUUGGGAAGAAUUCGAAACUAAAUUUAGAAGAUUAGUAGAAACAAGACAAUUAAGAUAUGGUGGAUUUGAUUUUGAUGUCGAAGCUCAUUUGGCUAAAUAUAAAAUCUUAAAAGAACAAUUAAAACCAUUUGUUGUCGAUUCUGUCCUAUUUAUGCAUAAUGCUAUUCAACAAAACAAAAAAAUUUUAGUUGAAGGUGCUAAUGCUUUGAUGUUAGAUAUUGAUUUCGGUACUUAUCCAUUCGUUACAUCAUCUGCUACAGGUAUUGGUGGUGUCAUUACUGGUCUUGGUAUUCCACCACGUUCUUUAGAUGAAGUCUUUGGUGUUGUUAAAGCUUAUACCACCAGAGUUGGUGAAGGUCCAUUCCCAACUGAACAAUUAAAUCCAGACGGUGAAAAAUUACAAACUAUUGGUGCCGAAUUCGGUGUCACUACAGGUCGUAAACGUCGUUGUGGUUGGUUAGAUUUAGUUGUUUUGAAAUAUUCUACUAUGAUUAAUGGUUAUACAAGUUUGAAUAUUACUAAAUUGGAUGUUCUUGAUACUUUCAAAGAUAUCCCAGUUGGUGUCUCUUACUCUAUCAAGGGUGAAAAACUAGAAUCAUUCCCAGAAGAUUUAAUUAAACUAGGUAGUGUUGACGUUGAAUACGUUACUUUACCUGGUUGGAAUGAAGAUAUCACUAAUGUGAAAACUUAUGAUACUUUACCAGAAAACGCUAAGAAAUAUUUGAAAUUUAUUGAAGAUUUUGUUGGUGUUCCAGUCGAAUGGGUUGGUACUGGUCCAGGUAGAGAAAGUAUGUUGCACAAGGAUAUUUAG